AUGAAGGUCACCUCCCUGUGCGGGUGGCUCACCAGCUCUCUCCUUGUUGGUGCCGCUUCAGCGCUAACGGUAGCCGAAAUCAAUGGGAAGAACUUCCUGUCGCCCUACAACGGCGCGACCUUUACGAACCUUACGGGUAUCGUCACGGCGAAAGGCCCGAGCGGCAUCUGGAUCCGAGAUGUCACGCCUACGAGCGACGAGCGUAUGUCGGACGCCAUUUACGUCUUUGGGUCUGCGCUCGCACAGAACGCGUCGAUUCUCACUGGUGAUGUCAUCGUUCUGAGUGGGAAAGUGAGCGAGUACAGAUCGACCUCUUCGUACCUGUACCUCACGGAAAUCGCAUCACCCGUGGUCUCGGCGAUCCUGGAGCACGGAGUCGAGGUAGCGCCUCGUGUGAUUGGGGUGGACACUCUAAGCCCGCCGACGGAGCAAUACACCAGCCUUGACGCGGGCGAUGUGUUCGGAGUGCCGAACAACCAGAACUUGAUCUCCGUCAUCAACCCGGUGCUGGAGCCGACCAAGUACGGCCUCGACUUCUGGGAGAGUCUUGUGGGACAACUGGUGACGGUGAAAAGCCCGCACGCCGUGUCGCGACCCAACUCGUACGGCGAGACCUGGGUUGUGGGUGCCUGGAACACCACAGGUGACAACAAUCGCGACGGCGUGACACUCACGAGCAAAGAUGGAAACCCCGAGGCUAUUAUCAUCGGCGACCCCCUCGACGGGACCAACAGCCCCACGACCAUCAAGCUGGGCGACACGCUCGAAGACAUAACAGGAGUGGUUACUUACACCUUUGGCUUCUACUACAUCCUGCCACUUACCAAAGUCACCGUAACCUCGUCCUUGACCCCAUCGCUGCCCCCGCCCACGACACUCACCAGCGCCGGCUCCUGCUCCGGCCUCACCGUAGGCGACUACAACGUUGAGAACUUCGCGCCCUCCAACACGGCGCACACCCAGGCCGUCGCCGCCCACAUCGUGAACUACCUUCUUUCCCCCGACCUCCUCUUUAUCCAGGAAAUCCAAGACAACAACGGCGAGACCAACGACGGAACCGUCGCCUCGGACUUAUCCCUCUCUGCGCUGACGGCUGCCAUAGCAUCCCUCGACGGCGAGGUGAACUACAAUUACACCUACAUCUCCCCCGUCGAUGGGGCCGACGGUGGCGCUCCUGGUGGUAACAUUCGGGUUGCGUACCUAUUCAAUCCGUCCGUCGUCCAGCUGCGCAACCCCAAACCGGGAAACUCUACAACAGCGACUGAGGUGCUCCCCGGCCCGGAACUGAGCUACAACCCAGGGCGGAUCGACCCUGCUAACGCCGCGUGGACGGCAAGCCGGAAGCCGCUUGUAGCGGCGUGGGAGACGGUCGAUGGUAAUAAUAUUUUUUUCACGGUGAAUGUACAUUGGAGCUCCAAGGGGGGCGGCUCUUCGAUGCAUGGUGACGCCCGUCCGCCCGUGAAUGGUGCUCUGGCUGCGAGGCAGGCGCAGGCGGAGGUAACUGCUUCCUUCAUCGCCCAAAUCCUCGCCGAAGACCCGUCAGCCUACAUCAUCUCCGCCGGCGACUUCAACGAGUACCCCGUGACGAAGCCCAUCCUGGACUUCCUGUCGCUGUCCAAGAUGCAGGACCUCGAUGAGGUCGCGGGCAUCGAUGUCCUGGAGCGAUAUAGUUACCUGUACGACAUGAACUCGCAGGAGCUCGACCACAUGUUCGUGAGCCCCGCCCUGGCUAACACGGAGCCUGAGUUUGAGCAUGUACAUGUCAAUACGUGGGCGGCUUAUAACGACCAGGUAUCAGAUCAUGAUCCGAGUGUGGCGAGAUUUAAUGUGUGUAGGCAGUAA